GUCCAAAGCAUUCUUGUUGCCGAGACGAGACACAAGAGAGCUAAGGAAGAAGAAGACGUCCAACAACAACAUAAUAUUUGAACAUAAUGUCGGACUCGGGACUAGAUGACGAAUUGGCUAUCGUGUGUGACAAUGGAACUGGAAUGGUCAAGGCGGGAUUCUCUGGAGAGGAUGCACCAAGAAGUGUAUUUCCAAGCAUAGUGGGUCGUGCAAGACACAGGGGAGUGAUGGUUGGAAUGGAUGCGAAAGAGUCCUUUGUGGGAGACGAAGCUCAAGCCAAGAGAGGUAUUCUUUCUCUUAAAUACCCAAUCGAGCACGGUGUUGUUAGCAAUUGGGAUGACAUGGAGAAGAUUUGGCACCACACUUUUUUCAAUGAGCUGCGUGUGGAUCCUGAAGAACACCCUAUACUUCUCACUGAAGCUCCUCUUAACCCAAAGGCCAACCGUGAGAAGAUGACUCAGAUCAUGUUUGAGCAAUUUGCUUUUCCUAGUAUUUAUAUUGGUAUCCAGGCCGUUCUCUCCCUCUAUGCCAGUGGUCGUACCACAGGUAUUGUGUUGGAUUCAGGAGAUGGUGUGAGCCACACGGUUCCUAUCUACGAAGGGUAUGCCCUCCCACAUGCGAUCAUGCGUCUAGAUCUAGCAGGCCGUGACCUAACAGAGUAUCUGACGAAAAUCAUGAUGGAGCGUGGGUACACAUACACCACAUCAGCGGAGCGCGAGAUAGUCCGAGACAUCAAAGAAAAACUAUGCUACAUAGCUAUCGACUACGAGGAAGAGAUGGAGAAGGCUACAUCGAGCUCGGCAAUCGAUAAAGCCUACGAGCUUCCUGAUGGUCAAGUGAUCACCAUAGGAUCUGAGAGGUUCAGGUGCCCUGAGGUUCUUUUCCAGCCGUCUAUGAUUGGAAUGGAAACCUUUGGUAUUCACGAGACGGCAUACAAUUCGAUAAUGAAGUGUGAUGUUGAUAUAAGGAAGGAGUUGUAUGGAAACAUGGUGAUGAGUGGUGGCACGACGAUGUUCCCUGGGAUUGCAGAUAGGAUGAGCAAAGAGAUAACUGCCCUUGCACCUGCAAGCAUGAAGGUUAAAGUUGCGGCUCCUGCAGAGAGGAAAUACAGUGUUUGGAUGGGAGGCUCCAUUUUGGCUUCUCUAAGCACCUUUCAACAGGAGUGGGUAACUAAGGCUGAGUAUGAAGAAAAUGGAGCGGCCAUUGUUCACAGGAAAUGCUUUUAAGUUUGUCAGCAAUGCUAAACAUACCAUUCAUGGUGAUGAGCGUUGUUUAUGCUCCUUUUCUUUUUUUAAUGCUUUAUUUUGGUAAAAUAAAUUGUUAUUAUGAGGUAUCUCAUUUCUUUUGUUUUUAUAUUUCUAUGUUGGUUAAUAAAGAUUUGUUGUUUAAUUUGGACUACAUAUUCCUUCAUUUUAAAAGGAAGAAUUAUAUAUAUAUGAACUUAGUACAACACACAAA